AGCCGUUACGGCCGCUAGGGUCACAAACGCCGGGGUGGGCGUGGCCACAUACGUCAUAGAGCGGGGCCCACAGUUGGAACUAGGAAGUCCGCCGUCGCCAGGCGGUCCUCGCGGGACUCCCUGGUGCCAGGCAGCCGGCGAGCGUCCUUAGGAACCGCGAAUGGGAAGCGGCCUCCGACGCGGGCUCAGCCUUCCGUCCCCGCCCGCGGUGUCCGGAGCGGCGCGGGAUCUGCCCACAGGUCCUGGCUCCCCAAUAGUAAGAAGCCUCAAGUAAAGGAAUGAAGGAAGAAAAAGGAGGUUCUUAGACUUGGAUACCAUCGUUUCUGGGGACAACUUUAACUGGAUACCUACAUGUCUACCUCUAAGAACUUCACGGCAGAUGCAGAGGACACAACAUACAUGGAAUCCAUGGAGCUCAGUAUUUCCUGAGCACAGAAGAAAAUGAUGGGAGCCCAGGAAUUGCUGACACUGGAGGAUGUGGCUGUGGAGUUCAGUUGGGAGGAGUGGCAGCUGCUGGACCCUGCUCAGAAAGAACUGUAUUGGGACGUGAUGUUGGAGAACUAUAACAAUCUGGUUUCACUGGGGUAUCACACUGCCAAACCGGAUGCUCUGUCCGAGUCGGAACAUGGAAAAGAACCACGAAGAGAGGAUGAAAUCUGUACUGGAAGCUGUCCGGGAAUCAGGAAAGUUGACAGUUGUCUGCAAGAGCACUCUCACAACCAAAUAGUUCUGAAGAGCAUCCAACAAUGCCAUGAAAGGAAUGCACUUAGAAAUACUUUUCAUCUGAGCAGAACCAAUAUAGCCAUAAUACGUAAUCAUAUGUUGGAAUUAUGUAGGAACGCUUUGAAAUCAAGUUUAAUUAACCAGAAGCAAAGAUAUGAAGUAAAGAACCCCGUUGAGUUUAAUGGAGAUGAGAAAUCCUUUCUAUAUGAUAAUCAUGAACAGUUGUACACUGGAACAGAAAUCCCUAAAAGUGAAAAACACAUCAGCACUGAAUUACAAGUCUCUAAGUAUCAGAAGACUCAUAAAGUAGAGAAAUCCCAAGCAUGCAUCCAAGGUGAGAAAGCCUGCAUCAGGACACCUCAGCUCAUUAACCAUGGGGGCACUGAAACAGGGGAGAAAAGCCAUGGGUGUGAUUCAUGGAAAUCCUCCAGAAAUGUCAUUCUCACUCAACAUCAGAAAACUCAAACACAAGACAAAUUCUCUAUAACCAACGAAUACAGAAAGGGCUCUCCUGUGAACACUGGUGUCACCAGACAUCAGCAAACCCAUUCAGGAGAGAAAUCCUAUAUAUGCAGCGACUGCGGGAAAGGGUUCACCGUGAAGCGCUACCUGAUGGCACAUCAGCGAACACAUAGUGGAGAGAAGCCUUAUGUUUGCAACGAAUGUGGGAAAGGCUUCACUGUGAAGAGCAAUCUAAUUGUGCAUCAGCGAACUCACACAGGGGAGAAACCCUAUGUAUGCAGUGAGUGCGGGAAAGGCUUCACCAUGCAGCACUAUCUUGUUGUACAUCAGCGCACACACACUGGAGAGAAACCCUAUGUAUGUGAUGAAUGUGGAAGAGACUUCACUGUGAAGAGUAAUCUCAUUGUCCACCAAAGAUCUCAUACAGGGGAAAAAUCUUAUAUAUGCAGUGAGUGUGGAAAAGGCUUCACUGUGAAGCGCAAGCUCACUAUACACCAGCGAACUCAUACAGGAGAGAAAUUGUACAUAUGUGAGGAAUGUGGAAAAGGCUUCACCACUAAGUGCACCCUCAUUAUACAUCAGCGAACUCACACAGGAGAAAAACCCUACGAAUGCAAGGAGUGUGGGAAGGCCUUCAGCCAGAAGAUAAGCCUCAGACAACAUGAGCGAUGUCAUACGGGAAAGACGCCCUUUGUAUGUAGUGAGUGUGGAAAACAAUACUCUCACAAAUACGGUCUCAUUACCCAUCAGAGAAGUCACACAGGAGAGAAGCCUUAUGAGUGCAAGGCAUGUGGGAAAGCCUUCGCCACAAAGUCAGUCCUCAACGUCCACCAAAGAACUCACACAGGAGAGAGGCCCUAUGAGUGCAGCAUUUGUGAGAAAGCCUUCUCCCAAUUGUCACACCUUGUUAAACAUCAGAAAACGCACACCCGAGAAAUGGGUAGAUUCACUCAAGCUGAAAAUUCUUUUAAUGGAGAGUCACGGUCAUUACCUGUGAGUGAAGUCAUGCAGAACAACACACCUAUUAAUGCAAUUUCUGUGGAAUGCCUUCUGGGACAACCAGGACCUCAUUAAACAUCAGUGUUUCUAGCAGAUGAGAAUGCAAACAUGUAAUGCCUGUUGUCAAACGUGUGCCCUGAGGAGAUUAAGGAAUUUCCCCGGGAGAUUAACUUGGUGAGGACAGUGACUGUGGCAGUGCCUUGAGUGAUCCUUACCUCACAUUUUCUGUCAGUGAAAACAUGUUGGAAAAACUCUGAUACGUCCAAUGUGAAGAUGCCUUUCCAGCUUCAUUAUAUGCCUCCACAAAACUUUCUGGCUUCAAUAUACGUAUGAAAAGUGCAUAUUGAGACAAAUUCUGUGUAUAUAGAGAGACAAGGAAAGCUUUCAGUGGGAAGAUAGACUUUAUUAUCAGGGAUUGUCAUAGAUCAUCGGUGUGUUCAUUGUUUGUAGAAGUAUAAAAACAAACAAUAAAAAACAAAGAAAUGUGGUAACCAUGGGAAAGUCUCUCCCCAGAAAAAAGACCUCAGUGAGAGUCACAGUUCACACUGGACACAAACUUUAAGAGAACUGCAUUAUAUUUGACAAUUUCACUGAUGCAUUCUAACCCAUUGUUUGAAAAUCAUAUAGAAGUUAAGGCUUUAUGAACAUGCUAAAUUUAGAGCACUUUUAGUCAAAUAUCAGAGGACUUACAAAGGAAAGAAGUUCUAUGAAAAGGGAUAAUGUUUGAGUGGGUUUUUGUUUUUGUUUUUUAAAGACCAAACUGUGCUACACCACUGGUCGUGGUGGUGGUGUUUAUUUUGAAUCUGUACCAAUGGUCCUCAAACUUCAGCAUACUCCGUUUCUUUUAAAUAUAUUUUUCAUUGAUUUCAGAGAGGAAGGGACGGGGGGAGAGAGAGAGAAACAUCAAUAAUGAGAGAGAAUCAUUGAUCAGCUGCCUCCUGCACGCCCCCUACCUGGAAUCGAGACGGCACAACAAUGGGAAUCGAACCAUGACCUGGUUCAUAGUUCAGCACUCAACCACUGAGCAACAUCAGCUGGGCUGAGUGUUCUGUUACAAGUCUAACUUUAUUUCAUUUUACAUUAGAUAAUUCACCUGAUAAAAACUAGUGUGCUUUCCUCACUCCUAAUUUAUUUUUACUGUUAAAUGUAACAAAGGAGUGUUCUAUGACCUCAUACGAUUAGCUCUCACCUUUCUUUGGCUUGAAAUUUAAUUGUAAAUUUACCAUACAGAAAUAGUUUAAAAGAAAACAUUUUAAAUUUAUAAAUAUAACAUAUUUUUACUUACCCAGUCAAUUUUAUAAGUAUG